AAGAAAGGUGACCGAUGGGUAACGGCAUCGUAACCUUUGCUUCCAAUUCAAGAAAUUUCUCUCUUCCAUUUCUCGAGGUCUGCUACUGUACACAAAAAUGGUGCCAUCCGCCAACGCCAAGCAAAUCAAUUCAUGAAACUGAAUUAUUGAACUGAAAACUGAAUCACUGUGCUUCUUCCCAAUUUCCCCACUCUCCUUCGUCGCACUUCCGGCUUAAUGGCGUUCCCAUUAGGAGCUUUGCCACGCGCCGCCGCUGCCUGUAAUUUCCCCCAACUCGGUGACAAGAACUUCCUCGUUCUCCCACUGGAACGAGAGGUCGAGAUUCGGCGGGCAAGAGGCGCGAGGAGAUUGAGAAUUAGGGUUUCGGAUGGAGGGGAAUCAUACCUCGGCAUGUGGAAGAAUGCGGUGGAGCGCCAGAGAAAGGCUGUGGAGUUCCAGAGAGUUGUGGAGAACACGGCUGGGAAUGGAAAUGGCGCUCGCGACGGCGGAGACGGGAUUUCUGAUCAGUUGGAGAAGAAGAGCGAGGAGUUCAGUAAGAUUCUUCAGGUCCCAAGGGAGGAAAGGGACCGGGUUCAGCGGAUGCAGGUCAUACAUCGAGCUGCUGCCGCCAUUGCAGCUGCUCGUUCUCUUGUCGGUGAGGCUGGAUCGGCGGCAGUGGUGGAGUCGAGUUCGCGGGAUUUGAAUAUCUCUGUAAAUUUGGAUGGUGGGAACAACGGUGGACUGCUGCAAGAUCGUGAAGAAGAAUUAUCUGAAUUUCAAAGUGAGAACACCCUGCUACCUGAGUCUGAAACUUCACGAACUGGUACGCCGGGUCCAGAUUUUUGGUCUUGGACGCCCCCUCCCGAUAAUGAUAGGAAUGCUAAUACUUCCAGUGAGUUGCGACCAGCUGAAAAAUCACAGGCAUUUCCAAUGCUAUCCAAUUUAGUUGAGGAGAAAGAGCCGUCUGUGGGCUUUCUGUCAAUUCCAUUUCAGAGCGAACUCUCCAAACCUCUUCUACCUCCCCUUCAAUCAUUGAUGGAUGUUGAAAAAUUGAAAACGUCAGAAUCCAGUUCCGAGACGCAUUCGUUAGAAGAAGAUGAAAAUGUUGAGAUACAGUUUUCAGUACACGCUGCAGAAGCAUCACAUGCACUUAAUAGUGUAGAUAAGGAAUCAACGAAAGGAAUAAAUCCAGAUGGGUCGAGAUGGUGGAAGGAGACAGGAGUUGAGCAGAGACCAGAUGGGGUGAUUUGCAAGUGGACACUAACCAGAGGAGUUAGCGCAGACCAAGUCACUGAGUGGCAGAACAAGUAUUGGGAAGCUGCUGAUGAGUUUGGCUAUAAGGAACUUGGUUCAGAGAAAUCUGGUCGUGAUGCCUUCGGAAAUGUUUGGCGGGAAUAUUGGAGAGAAUCCAUGCGGCAGGAGGAAGGCCUUGUGCACCUUGAGAAAACUGCAGACAAGUGGGGGAAAAAUGGAAGCGGCAGCGAGUGGCAAGAGAAAUGGUGGGAAUAUUAUAAUACCUCUGGUCAAGCUGAAAAGAAUGCUCAUAAAUGGUGUAGAAUUGACCCAAACACGUAUGUCAAUGCUGGUCAUGCUCAUAUUUGGCAUGAGAGAUGGGGUGAAAAGUAUGAUGGACAAGGUGGCAGCAUUAAGUACACAGAUAAAUGGGCUGAACGAUGUGAAGGUGAUGGUUGGUCGAAGUGGGGCGACAAAUGGGAUGAAAAUUUUGAUCAAAAUGGUCUUGGCAUCAAACAGGGGGAAACAUGGUGGGAAGGUAAGCACGGAGAAAGGUGGAACCGUACAUGGGGCGAGGGCCACAACGGUUCAGGCUGGGUUCACAAGUAUGGAAAGAGCAGCAGUGGGGAGCAUUGGGACACACACGAACAGCAGGAAACCUGGUAUGAGAGAUUCCCACACUUCGGGUUUUAUCAUUGCUUCAACAAUUCAGUCCAGCUCCGGGAAGUUCAGAAACCAUCUGAGACGUCGUAAGUUGCUUCAGUAAGUCUAUUUUCUUCCCAAGUUGAUAUAAAAGCUUGGUAGUAUAGCUCAUUCUGAAGAAAAUUGAAUGCUUCAUUAGAAUGGAUUCCGUUUUCCAGGCAAUGUACAUAUAAUAAAGAAAACUGCACAACAUAAUCCUGUUUUACAGGGAUAUCAGAAAACCUCGCUAGUUUAUAAAUUAGCUUACUUUUUUUGCUGAAAUGAUUUUGCAUUAGUUA